ACUAUAAACGGAACGAAAGCCCUCGAGAGCCAGAAUCCAUUGCAUUCAUCGUCUUCUCAUUCAUCCAAUAUAUUCAUAGCAGAGGCUAAAGAAGGAGAAAAAAUAGUAUUGAUUUGUUCGGCUUCUCCUUCAAAACCCGUCCCAAAACUAAAGUGGUUUCGAAAGAACACUGAAUUAUUGCCGGAAGCGGCUAAGACUUCAGUGAACAAAACAUUAGUGAAUAAUCGGCACAUCUUCUAUACGAUCGACAGUUAUCUCACACUUUAUCCCAAAAGUGAAGAGGAGUACAGAUGUGUUGCCGAACAUCCGGGCCUUUCAAAGCCGUUGAGGUCUCGAAUACUAAUCAAUAUAUUCAGAGCGCCGAACGUUCCCGUAAUCGAUGGCUAUAAUAACGGAGAUAUCGUUAGUUUUAAUGAGAGACUGACGUUGAAGUGCAGCUCAACCAACGGUUAUCCGCCGCCGAGUGUUAUUUGGCUGCGAAACGGAUUAGAGAUCGACAGGAGUCAGACUGUGGGUCAACGAAACGAAGUGAUCAACACAUUGACGUUCACCGUCACCGCCGACGACAAUGCGGCUCAAUAUACAUGUCAGGCCACAAAUCCAUUGACUCCAAUCCCAUUAACACAAACUGUUAUUCUAAGUGUCUUAUUCCUUCCGGCGAAGAUCUCAAUUGUCGGUCCAAACGAAGUGCCAUUAAUUGAAACAAAAGGGACGACCAUUAAUCUGAAGUGUACGGCAUAUCCGGCUUCUCCGCCUCCAUUUGAGACCAAAUUAAAAUGGUUUGUCGAAGACAUCGAAAUCACUUCAGCCGACGAACACAUGAAUGUCAUCAAAAAAGAUAAUAACAAUUGGAUUGUGUCCUCCAAUUUGACGUAUACUAUCACACGAAAAGAGCCCAAUCUUAUUGUAUUUAAAUGCACAGGAUAUACGUCUGCGAUGAAGGAGGAGAGCGUCUCAACCGUACAUAAAGUGAAUGUUAUCCACGCACCGGAUUUGCCAACUCUUCUGGGAAUCAAAGACUCGUGGGUUUCAGUGGUUGCGGGAAAUAUACUGAAAUGCAAAUGUGUCAGCUAUUCAGGCAAUCCUAAGCCACACUUGGUUUGGCUCAACCAUCACAACCGUGAAAUUAGCGCCAUCUCAUCGCUUACAGGAAGUGGUGUGUCGUCUGAGUUAGUGAUUAGACCCGAACCGCAAGAUAACGGCCAGACAUUCAAAUGUCGUGUUUUGCAUCCAGCGCUUCAAAAGCCCUACGAAAUCGCCUUCAAAUUAACCGUUUAUUAUCCACCGAAACAUGUCUUCAUUGUGUUGCCGCCAUUUAUUAAGGAAAACGAUACCGUCAGAAUCGAGUGCCAGACGAGUGCCAGUAAUCCCGGAGCUGUGAUUACACUAUUGAAAAACGGCAAGAAUAUGAGGACUCAAUCGCAAGAAUUAUAUUAUAAUAAUAGCAGUGAUGCGGAAAACUAUCAAAACAUAAGUGCCGCUAAAAUAACCAAAAGCUUUGCCACUAUUGUUGUGUCCGUCGAAGAUAAUGAAAGUGUUAUAACAUGUUUAGCGACAAAUCCUGUCAUAUCUGAAGGAGCGGUCAGAGCGGAUGAAGUGCUUUCCGUCUAUUUUAAACCGAGGUUUGAGGAGAAGGCGACACACCUGGAGCUCAACGAAUUUGAGAAUAAAGUGGUAAAUUUGUCGGCAAAAGCUAAUCCACCGGUCAAUAGAUAUGAUUGGAAAUACGUUAAGUUGGACUCCAUUAGUGGCCACAGUAAUGGCCGCAACGAUGGCUCCUAUUUAUCGUUGAACAGGUCUGAAGAGAUGACACAUCUGAAGACUAAGAGCACUGUUCGAGCGCAGGGAUCGCUACUUCACAUGAGUAAUGUAUCGCGAUUUGACUCUGGAUUAUAUGUGUGCAGCGCUACCAACAAAAUAGGAGAUUCAAGCGCUUCCCUAUUCCUCAAUGUAUUUUACCCGACUUCAAUCGUGAGCCUCAAAAUAGUGACACAACAUGACAGUCCUGUUCCUCGUGAAGGCGACUCCUAUUUUCAAUUACAUUGUAAAGUGGACUCAAAUCCAGUGACAAAAGUCAAAUGGAGGAGAGGAGAGACCGAAAGUGAUGAGAAUAUCGAUUGGUUUAGAGCUAAGUUUGAUACCAAUAACCAGACUUCUACUGAUCCGGCGGUCGAUCAGAUUCUCACUAUUUUCAACAUUUCACGAUCAGAUGCCGGCGUCUAUACAUUUUCCGGAAUCGCCAACCGAUUUAAGGACAACGAAUGUGAGCCGCAAUUCCGUUGUUAUCGCUUGGAAUCCAGGCUUUGAUUUUGGUUACGAACAGAGUUUUCGCAUUAGAUAUAGAAAAGUGGACCCAAAGGCAGCAAAUGUUGAACCCUUUCAUUUCAAAUACAUUAUUGCGAACAACACUUUAAACAAUGUGUUAAUUGCAAACUUAGAGGCGGACACUGAAUACCAGUUCAGUAUAUCAUCGCGUAAUAAACUCGGAGAAAGUCUAAUGAGU